AUGGCAUUGGCUAGAGGCACUACAAGACAGGUGCUGAGGGCGUCUCAGAUUGCCUCUCGGUCAUUUGUCCCGGCUUCUCGCUACUACUCCACCGCAGAAUCUGACCUCAAGACCACUUUCCAAAAUGCUAUCCCCGCAAAGAAGGAGCUGUUCCAGGAGGUCAAGAAGCGUGGUGAGGACGUCAUUGGCGAGGUGACCAUUACCAACACCAUCGGAGGCAUGAGAGGCCUGAAGGCCAUGGUUUGGGAGGGCUCCGUACUGGACGCCAACGAGGGCAUCCGCUUCCAUGGCAAGACCAUCAAAGAUUGCCAGAAGGAGUUGCCAAAGGGCACUUCUGGAACUGAGAUGCUCCCCGAGGCGAUGUUCUGGCUGCUACUCACUGGUCAAGUUCCGACCACACCUCAGGUCCGAGCGUUUUCCCGUGAACUGGCAGAGAAAUCACUCCUUCCUCAGCACAUUCUGGACCUUGUCAAAUCUUUCCCCAGGACAAUGCACCCAAUGACCCAAUUAUCCAUCGCAGUUGCGGCCUUGAACACCGAGUCCAAGUUUGCCAAGGCUUACGCCGAUGGUCUCAACAAGGCCAGCUACUGGGAGCCUACCUUUGAUGACAGUAUUGCUCUUCUCGCCAAGAUCCCCCGCCUCGCAGCAUUGGUCUUCCGCCCCAAUGAGAUCGAGAAGGUGGGCAAACAGGAGCUCGACCCCGCACAGGACUGGGCGUACAAUUUCGCAGAGCUCCUUGGAAAGGGCGGCAAGGCUAAUGGAAGCUUCCACGACCUUCUCAGGCUCUACCUCGCCCUUCACGGUGACCACGAGGGUGGAAACGUUUCCGCCCACGCCACUCACCUCGUUGGAAGCGCCUUAAGCGAUCCCUUCCUCAGCUACAGCGCUGGUCUCCUCGGUCUCGCCGGUCCCCUCCAUGGCCUUGCUGCUCAGGAAGUGCUCCGCUGGAUCCUGAAGAUGCAAGCCGCAAUCGGCAACAAGUUCACAGAUGCGGAUGUCAAGGACUACCUCUGGUCCACUCUCAAAUCCGGUCAGGUCGUUCCCGGCUACGGGCACGGUGUUCUGCGCAAGCCAGACCCUCGCUUCGAGGCUCUGAUGGACUUCGCCAGCACCAGGCCUGACAUAAUGGCCAACCCGGUCUUCCAGCUCGUCAAGAAGAACUCUGAAAUCGCCCCCGGCGUGUUGGCUGAGCACGGAAAGACGAAGAACCCUCAUCCGAACGUCGACGCUGCCUCAGGUGUUCUCUUCCAUCACUACGGGUUCCAAGAACCCCUUUACUACACCGUCACCUUCGGUGUGAGCCGCGCUCUCGGCCCACUCGCCCAGCUCAUCUGGAGCCGCGCCUUGGGCCUGCCCAUCGAGCGCCCCAAGAGCAUCAACCUCCAGGGCCUUCUCAAUUUGUCCAAGAAAUAA